AUGCGGCGGCUGCUUGGCUCGCCAGAUGCGGCAGCGGCGCGCGCCAUGGAGAUGGGAGGGCGCAUAGAGAGGGGCUGGCGUGCUGCGGCGGGUGCGGAGAGAUGGGCUGUGGUGCUGCGGCGGGCGCGGAGAGAUGGGCUGGGGGGCUGUGGCCGGUGCGGCCUGGUGGGCGGCGGCGCUCGCCCUGGAGAAAGGGAAGGCGGCGGGUGCGGCCUGGAGGCGGCGGCGCUCGCCCUGGAGAAAGGGAAGGCGGCGGGUGCGGCCUGGAGGGUGGCAGCGCUUGCCGUGGACACAAAUGCAAAUGCAAUAAAUUGCCGUUACACAUUGAUUAAAAGAGAGACCGCUAAAUUUUGUGGUUGCCUUCAGCAGAUUUUAAAUUUGGAGGAAAGCGGAAGGACUAUACAAGAAAAGACAAACGAUGCACACCUUUUGUUCAAGGAACUGGAUAUUAAAAGAAAGCCUUUCACAUUGAUGCAUUGCUAUGUUGAGUUUUCGAAGUAUCCAAAGUGGCAGACAAGAGAACUUGAAACUUCUGUUAAGAAACAAAAGAAGACCAUUGAUGCAAGUCCGGGCACAACCACCAAUGAUCUGGCCGAUGCAUCCUCGGUACGCACUGAUUCUACCUCGGCAAGCACUGAUGCUCUUGAACAUGAGAAAAGACCUGAUGGUGUGAAGAAGGAGAAAUUGCGGAGAGGUAAAGCUGAUGACCGUGCUUGCAAGUUGUCAUUAGAAACUGUGUGGGCACAAAAGCAAGAGAAGGAUGAGCUCAAAGAGGCGGCAAGAAAUGCUCGAUAUGCACAACAAUUUGAACUGAGAAAAGAGGAGAUUGCAUUGAAAAAGAAGGAGGAUGCUAGAAAUGAGAGGGAUGAUGAACGCAAACAGUUUGAAUUAGAUGAGAGGAUCAUGCUCAUGGACACAAGUGGUAUGACUGAUGUGCAAAAGCAGUUUUACCAAGCUAAGCAGAAUGAGAUCCUUGCUCGCCGCCUAGAGUAG